AUGCCCCCUGGGUUAAAGCUGGAUUGUGACAAGAUCGAGCUUGUGGUGCAGUUGGUAUGGAACCGGGGGACUGGAGUGGGAAUUUGCAGAUACUAUUUGAUUGACCACAACAAGCAUCUACUUUUCUGGCUCCAUAAGCUACCUACAGUAAAACUCUAUUGUGGAGUUCAGGGCGUCGAAAAGCUGAGCCAUAUCAAGUAUGCUGUUGAACAUCAGUACUGGCAAGUCCUUCCUAGGCAACACUGCGAGAUGUAUCCCAAUGAAAAUCUACCAUGCCCUCAGUUGCUCAAGGAACUCAAAGAAGUUGUUGUACAUGCUAGCGCUGAGACCAUAACGACAGACGUGUCGCUCUCGCCCUUUGACGGUGAUGAAUUAUCAAAAAUUCUGGACUUGAUCGACCAACUUGGAGGCAAGCGAAAGGUUUCUUUAGUGGCAUUGCUGAUUCUCCAAAUUAGAGAAUGUCGGUGGCGCUUAUUCUAUCUGUGUGACUGUCUAGUAGCCAGGUUUAUGCGGUAUUUCACCCGAGCUAAAUUCUUCAACUUCUGUGGGCUCCCUUCUGCCCGUCUGGAUGCGGACCAGACCGUUUACAAAAAGAAGAACCAGAACAAGCUAAUCUUAGUUCUUUCAUGGGCCUUCAAUGCUGCAAUGUUCGGGGCUCCGCAGUCACAUAUGGAAGAACUCCGACGAGUAUGGGUCGACCGCAGUAUCAAUUCUCCGCGCUGGAAGCAUUUUAACAGCAAGCUGAGUAGUGAAUGGUCAAGCAUCACAAUAUAUUCGACUGUGAUGGUCGCCGUGGACGUCAGCUUUCUGGCCGUGCCUUCCGUCAGUCCCCAGGAUUCAGGUUCGGUCACAAUUAUUAGCACGUAUCUUUCCAUUUUUUGCAUCGUUGGAUCGUUGGUCGUGUCCUUGUUUCUCACUAGACAGAGUCGGAUGUAUGGGCAGGAAUCUGCCGACACAGCGGUUCAAUUCCUCAAGAAGAUGACAGGGUCCGCAUUCGGCACCAAAGCUGUAGCAACCGUACAUAGUCUUCCGUAUGCUAUGCUGUUGUGGGGCAUGCUGUAUUUCAUGCUUGCGUUCUCUUACCAAGUCUUCACGUCUACGCCCACCUUGACGCUCGCGACCAGUGGGAGCGCAUGCGGCCUUGUGGCGCUGUUUACGCUGUGGCUCAUAUACGCGGCGAGGGAUUUCCAUGUGUCGACACGAUUGCUUGUGUGGCUCCGAGCUUCCAUUUGCAAAGCAAGAAGUGAAACCCGGACACAGCCAGAUACAGCCUGA